AUGGGUAGAGAGGUCUCAGAGAGCUGCGUGGACAGUCUACUAACAGAGAUGGUCUCUAUGUACUGCAAUCGACUAUACGCCAAUAAGCCUGAGCUCGCCGCCAGCAGGAUCGACGCUAUUGGCUACCAGGUCGGCCACCAGCUCUCCGAGCGGUAUACAAUGGAGAGGCCACGGUUUACUGAUCAUCUAGAUGCAAUUAAGUUCAUCUGCAAGGACUUCUGGUCCGAGCUCUUCAAGAAGCAGAUAGACAACUUAAAGACCAAUCAUAGGGGUACUUUUGUAUUGCAAGAUAAUCGAUUUCGUUGGGUUUCACGCAUGUCCCUUGAUCCGUCUUCUGAAAAUGGAGACUUAUCUCAAGAGAAUUCUGAGGCUGCGGAUGAAAGCAAGGCAGCACAAGAACCAAACAUGCAUCUCCAUUUCUCAUGUGGAGUCAUAAAGGGGGCUCUUCAUAACUUGGGGAUUGCUUGUGCUGUUUCUGCUGACACAUCCCAGCUUCCUGCUUAUUGUCUAUUCAUCAAGCUAACAAUGCUUUAUGUUGAAUUGGUUUUCCACAAAUAUAAUCUCCUUGACAUGUGA